CCUUACUCUCGUUAACAGGCAUCAUCUGUGUUUUAGUUUUGUUAUUGUCAAAGAUGGCCUCUGCUGGUGGUUAUACGUUGGAAGAUCUAAGGAAACAAGCCCGGCACCUUGAGAAUGAAAUCGACCUGAAGCUUGUUUCCUUCAGCAAGUUGGGCACGGGCCUUGGCUCUCGAGAUGUCAAGAGCGACGGCUUGGACACAGCUCCCCUUCUGAGCAGUGACCACAUGUUUGAGACUAUGACCCUGGAGAUUGAACAGCUCCUCUCAAAGCUGGGGGACGUGAACGACCAGAUGUCCCAGGGCCAGCAGCUCCCGUUUGGGCAGCACGCCCCAGGGGGCGCCACGGUGGUACACACCCUGCAGCGGCACAGAGACAUCCUGCAGGACUAUGCCCGGGAGUUCCAGAAGACGCGCGCCAACGUCCAGGCACAACGCCAGCGGGACCUCCUGCUCGGCUCGGUGCGCAAGGACAUAGAAUCAUAUAAGAACUCUUCCAGCUUGAGCCGGCGGUCAGACGGGUUCCUCAAGGAGCACGAGCACCUCAGAAAUUCGGACAGGAUGGUUCAUGACCAAAUCAACAUUGCAAUGCGAACAAAGGAUGAGCUCAUGAGUCAGCGCAAUGCCUUGAAGGCCAUCCAGACCAAGAUGACAACAUUAGCCAACGACCGCUUCCCCAUGAUCAACAGCCUCGUGCAGAGGAUCAACCUGCGCAAGAGGAGGGACUCCAUCAUCCUGGGGCUGCUCAUUGGAACAUGCACAGUGCUGCUCCUGCUCUACAUCACCCACUGAGACGUGCGUGCAUCCGUGCAUCAGAGGACUGAAACUCGUGAACCGGAGACUGUAUUUUAUGCGAGGCCAGACUCUGGCCUCUGUACUGCUACUGGUAAAUAGGAAAUAUCGACGGUGUACAUAACAAAUACUUACAGGAGGUCCUACGAACGUCCUGCAGCUGUACCGUGUUUGUUUUCUAAGUGGGAAUAAACUAUUUUGUAUUAUCA